GCCGCAAACCAGCACCCAGGAUUACGCUGCUUUCCGGCAAAAAGGACCAGGACGCUCCAGCUGGGCAAGCGCCUGUGUAAACCCUCUGAACUAGGAGUCUCCUCCAAGUAAACUGCGAAGCGCUGUGAUGAGCUGCUGAAGUCAUGGUGAAAUGCUGUUCAGCCAUCGGAUGCGCCUCUCGCUGUCUACCCAAUUCCAAGUUGAAAGGACUGACCUUCCACGCAUUCCCCACAGAUGAAAAUGUCAAAAGAAAUUGGGUAUUAGCAAUGAAAAGACUUGAUGUGAAUGCUGCAGGUAUGUGGGAGCCUAAAAAAGGAGAUGUGUUGUGUUCAAGGCACUUUAAGAAGACAGAUUUUGACAGAAGUGCUCCAAAUCUUAAACUAAAACCAGGAGUCAUCCCAUCUAUAUUUGAUUCCCCAUACCACUUACAGGAGAAAAAAGAAAAGCUUCAUUGUAGAAAAAACUUUACCCUCAAAACCCUUCCAGUCACCAACCACAACCAUCAGCUUGUUGGCGCUUCUUCGUACACUGAAGAAUUCCAAUCCCAGUUCAUUUUUGAGCACAGCUACAGUGUAAUGGACAGUCCAAAGAAACUCAAGCAUAAGUUGGAUCAUGUGAUCAGCCAGCUAGAGGAUACCCAGGAAAGUCUGCGCAAUGUUUUAGACCGAGAAAAGCAUUUCCAGAAAUCACUGAGGAAGACAAUCAGGGACUUGAAGGAUGAAUGUCUCAUCAGCCAAGAAACAGCAGAGAGACUGGAUGCAUUCUGCUGGGAGCCUCCUCAGGAGGGCACAGAGCAUGACUGUUCCGCGAGGUAGUGCCAUGCUGCUCUCUGCCUGCAGUGGGCGUUGCUGCAGCCCUUCAGGGCAUCAUUUUCACAUGUGUCCUGGGUUAGUCUCUGUCACUGAAGUGCUGCCCGGGUCCCUUGGAAUGUUACACAUUAUGGUGGUUAUCUGUAGGUGUUUUUGAAGAUAUUCAGAAAUACCUAUGUGGUAGUUCAGUGUUUUAUGUCACUUGUGAUACUUAAUGUUUUUUAUAGACUUAAACUAGUGCCAGAUCGCUAUCUCAAGAAAAUUCCACAGAAAUAAGGAAAUUAUAUUAGCCAUAUUAAACUCUGGUGGUAGGAACCAGACACUCCAGCAGCAACAAAGUUUUUGUUUCAAGUGAAUACCUUUAAUUAUACUUGCUUUAUGGUAAGUAGGGUUUUAUUUUAAAUAUAUUUUAGUAUAAAGCAGACUUCAUUGUAAUGACAUCCAUCUUGCAUCCAACCCAAGAUAAUUUCAUUAAUACUAAAGGGUCUUUUAUGCUUCUCAUAGUACUGAUCCUAAGAAUAACAUGUAGGAAAAAUGAAUAGGCUUUUAAAGUUGGCAGCCAAUUUAAGAAGACCCUUCACAAGGGUACCCCUUACCUCCUCGAGAGAGACACUCAGCUGUAAACCAGAGUUGGUUUAAAAACAAAGCCAAAAAAUGGUGCAAGUGUGAUUUUAAGUGGUCAGUUGCUGUAGUAGCUCUCAGCACCUCUCAGCACUUGGCUGCCUGACUGUUAGCUACACCACAAAGGUCUGUGUUCAAAGUCUGCGUGCUGGAAUUAGCUGAAUACCUGGAAGUGUUGCACUGCAUUUUAUGGAAAGUAAUAUUGCCGACUUUUUUUAAGUAUAGAAGAAACCAUUUUAAAAUUAAUAAUUCUGGAUCUUGUGGAAAUAGGAGUUAGCAGUUUUAGAAUAGCUUCUUACUGAAUACACAAAAGAGUCACUGAGCUAUUUUUUGAUUGACUAGGGUGUCAAAAGUUUACCUUCUCUCUUAAUUUUAUCCCCAAACAGCUGAAACCGAGUGAUAAGUAUACAGUGAACUAGAAGAAAAUUCUCAACCAAAGUCACCCUCUUCUGGGAAGCACAUGAACAUCACUAGUCAUCCAUGCUGUAGUGGUUAGCAUUUGAGUGCCAGAUGUUUCAUUGUGUUAACCAGAAACUAACUGCAUUUUAUGCUCUUUUCUUCAUUGCAGUUUUAUGUGUGUUACAUUAGUAUCAGAACGCAUAUGAUCACUUGAAUGUUUGUAUUUAAUAAUUUUCUAUGUUUUAAUGUGUAUUGUUAAUGUAGGUCUCCAAACCCUCCUUCUAAAUGGGGUUUUUAUCCACAUUUGAAAGAUUUAUGCUAAAGGCAGAUCACUGAAGUCAUAAUCCUUUUGCUACCUUAAAAUUUUAUGAUCUAUUAUUUAUUUUAGUUAUUUAAUUUUGAAUUCAUAAUGACACUCGAAUGAGAAGUCCGGGUCUAACCUUAGGUUUUACAGAGACACUGUAAUAGACGUGAAGACUUCCUCACUCUGUCCGUGCGCAUACAGAUCCAAGUCACCGAGUGGAUGUGGAGAAGAGUGAGCAGCCAGGCCUCAGCCCAGUGUCCUCAGUUCCGAAACUGCUGCCUGUGUAAGGAAGGCUCUUCGAAGAGUCCCAGCUUCUGUCAUACACAGUUGCCACCAUCACUUCUGCUACUGUGUACAGUAAGGUCAGCCCUCCUGUCUUUCUCACUGGACCUAAUACCACUGACAGGUAAUUCGCCAAAAUAUUAGCAUCCUUAAGGACCCAGAGCUGCCCUGUGUUCUUUGAUUCUUAGUGAGAAAUGUUUACCAGCAGAAAGCUGAUGAAAAUAGGGUCCUCACCAUCCACCGCCCAAGUGCCUGGACAGUGGCCACAUGGACCUGCAUCCUUGGUCCUUGCAGGGAGAGCAUCCUGUACAGUGAAGCCAGGUCAUCCCAGCUGGAGGUCCUCAGGCAGCCUGAGCGACCAGGGUUCAGGUGUUUUACCCUGUCAAGCACUCACUGGACCCAGAAGCACACAAUCCGGGCACAGCUCAGUACCAGCCAGGUAUGGCAGGCUUCAGGGUUCUGCUCACUUGAGGGUCAAGGUCCGAACGGCAACUUGAGUUGCUAAAGUGUAGUUUUAUCAUAGUCUUUCAUUUGAGAAAAAAUUGAUUAUAUCAAAUAUUUAGGUUUAAUAGAGAUAAAAUUCUUAAAUAAUUGAAGAGUGAAAAAUCCAUUUUUUAAAAAUAAAGGCCAGGGGUU